AUGUCGGCCGGGCCCCGGCGCGGCGGGGCUGCCUUCGCCUUCCGCCCGCUGCCCCAGAGAGCCUUCGCCUUCCUGCAGGACAGGGACAUCGCGCACCGGCUCCUCAAAUGGUCCAUGAAAGGCAGGAUCACAGCACAAGCAUUCAGUUUUGACCAGCAGUUCAAACCGUAUCAAAAGGAUGAAUUUGUUAUGGCAUUUUUUGAGGAUCAAAAUGUGAACUCCAGUUUAAAGUUGCUCUCAGCUUCUGGACAAUGGACUACAUUGGGUUCCAAAGUGACAAAAAUCGAAGCUACAGAGGUGCCCUGUACGCAGAUUUCCAUGUCAUUUUUUGAUCGGCUCUACACUGAAGGAGUCGUUAGAGAAACUGGAGAUAUUGUGAAAUGUUAUGAUGACUAUCAUGAUGAUAUUCUCAUCUCCGAUGAAUUAAGGAAGGUCUUGCUUCUGGAAGAUUCAGACCAUUAUGACAUAUUCAGUCAAUUGGAUCGCAAGGAAUUUCUCUUUUGUCUGUUUAAGCAUCUUUGCAUUGGAGGAACUCUUUGCCAGUUUGAAGAUGUAGUUGGCCCAUACUUAGAAACGACGAAAGCUUUAUAUAAAGACUUGGUGAGUGUUCAAAAGAAUCCUGAAACAAAAGAAAUACAUAUUAUUUCUACUGUCUUCAGAGUGUCUGCAUAUGAUAACAAUGGCCUCUGUUACCCUUCAAGCAAAAGCCACGAUCAGACUUUUGCCUACUUGGUUGUGGAUCCCUGCAAGCGCCACGUGCACACUCUGUACCACUGCUUUGGUGGAAGCUUGUUUACUGACCAGUUAUAAACCUGGCUGUUCUCCAGUUUUACAGCAGAGUUGGCCUUCUCUCUCCAUGAAUUCGUGUUUUUCCAAAUUCCUACUUUUCUUAGGAUGUGCUCCUCGAUUACAUGGACUGAAUAGCUACAAGUCUACAUCGAUGUCACUGCUUGGUUACAGUUUCGUGUCCCUUCCCUGUUCACCUUGAUUUCACUGCUUGGUUACAUUUUUGUCAUUUCUCUGCUCCCAUUGAUGUGACUAUGUGGUUACAGUUCUGUGUCCCUUUUCUGUCCACGUCAAUGUGACUAUGGUUACAGUUCUGUGUCCCUUUUCUGCCCACAUGGUUGUGACUGUGGUUACAGUUUUCUGUCCCUUCUCUGUUCAUAUCAAUUUUAUGUCCCUUCUCUGUUCACUUCAAUGUGACUGUGUGGUUACAGUUUUGUGUCCCUUCUCUGUUUGCGUCGGUGUGACUGCGUGGUUACAGUUCUGUGUCCCUUGUCUGGUCACAUCGAUGUGACUGAGUGGUUACAGUUUUGUGUCCCUUCUCCAUUCACAUCGAUGUUAUUGCGUGGUUACAGUUUUGUGUCCCUUCUCUGUUCACAUGAAUGUCACUGCUUGGUAAUGUUUUCAUGUCCCUUCUCUGUUCACCUUGAUUUGACUGCUUGGUUACAUUUUCAUAUCAUUUCUCUGUUCACAUCCAUGUGACUGUGUGGUUACAGUUUCGUGUCCCUUCUCUGUCCACGUCAAUGUGACCGACUGGUUACAAUUUUGUGUCCCUUCUCUGUUCACAUCAGUUUUGUGUCCCUUCUGUGUUGACAUCAAUAUUACUGCUUGGUUACAGUUUCACGUCCCUUGUCAUUCGCCUUGAUUUGACUGCUUGGUUACAUUUUUCUGUCCCUUUUCUCUGUUCACGGCGAUGUGACUGCGUGGUUACAGUUUUGUGUCCCUUUUCCAUUGACAUCAACGUGACUGUGUGGUUACAGUUUUGUGUCCCUUUUCCAUUGACAUUGACGUGGCUGUGUGGUUACAGUUUUGAGUCUCUUCUUUGUCCGCAUUAGUGUGACUUCGUAGUGACAGUUUUGUGUCCCUUUCUCUGUUACAUCGAUGUGACCAAGUGGUUACAAUUUUGUGUCCCUUCUCUAUUCACUCCGUUCAUGUCAAUGUGACUGUGUGGCUAUAGUUUUGAGUCCCUUCUCUGUCCACAUCGAUGUGACUGCAUGAUUACAGUUCUGUGUCCCUUCUCCAUUCAUGUCAAUGUGACUGAGUGGUUACAGUUUUGUGUCCCUUCUCCGUUCAGUUUGAUUUCACUGCUUGCUUACAUUUUUGUGUCCCUUUUCUGGUCACAUCAAUGCGACUGCGUCGCUACAGUUUUAUGUCCCUUCGCUGUUCACCUUGAUUUGACUGCUUGGUUACAUUUUCAUGUCAUUUCUCUGUCCAUAUUGAUGUCACUGCACGGUUACAGUUCUUUGACAGUUCUUUUCUUUUCACGUCCAUAUGACUCCGUGGCUGGUUUUGUGUCCUUUCUCUGUUCACACCAAUGUCACUCCUUGCUCACGGUUUCGUGUCCUUCCUCUGUAUUUCAAACCCAUAUUUCUCCAUGCUGCUUUCCUGGCAGUUUCGCCUCCC